GCAUUGCCAUUAGUGCGGAGCGGCCGGGUUACAGCCGCAGCUCGCUCCUCCUGUUGGAGCCUCUGCGCCCGGCUAUAGAAGUCGCCGGCAUAGAAAGGCGUAGGGGGAGGGAAGCUAGGGGCCAGGCGUUUGCUUUUUUACAGGGCAGUUCCACUAACAGCCUUCCCCAGCUGCUGCUCCUACCCGCUGGAGCUGUGCAGGGCGGGACCGCGGACUCGGGGGCUGAUUGUUGCAGCGCUGGGGAGGGGGCUGUCUGCUCCCAGAGGAGGCUGGAUUUGUGUCUCUCCUCUGCGCCUUGUGGGCGAGCGGCGAAUGCGGUAGCGGGGGAGCGGCAGCCGCGUGAGGCAUCCCCCUGCCUGCAAUCCGCCCAUGUGAUCCGAGCCCCGCGGGCUCCCGGCGCGCUGUGGUGGGCAAUUGGAGCUGGGCAUUCCGGAUUGGAAGGCGCUGGGAGCGGGCGGGAGAGAGAUGCCUUCCCCACCCCCACAGCAGAGAAUGGCAUGAUUGGGGACAUCAUGGCUAGCAGCAUCCUCUUUAUUGUGUGAGGCUGCGUGGCUACAGCUAGGAGCCAGCCACUCCUCCGCCUCCCGAAGUUUGUGUCCUGUGUCCUAGCUGCUGCUGCGCCUGGCCGCGAGAUGCGGAGUUAGGCUUUCCUUAGGCAGGCAGCAGGAUGCGUUUGUGAGUGGGUGCAUGUGUGCCUUAAGAGGGGGGGCAAAGAUCAUCACACCGCAGGACAGCUAGUCCCAAGGGCAACGUUGGCGCUCAGGGGUGUAAAUACUGAGCGGGGUAGGUGUAGCUCUCUCGCCAUAUCUCUCCAGGCGGGGUGGCUCGGCGUGAUGCUAAAUUAGGUGCGCGCUGAAUCUGCAUGCCCUGAGCCAGGCUUAGUGGCAGGUUUCUGGCCCCGUGGAGUCCGGGGGAAAAGCAGGGGGACUAGCUGUUGGAAGGGGGAGGUGCAAUAAAUAAAGCAAUAAAUGGCCAGCAACAGGAGCAUUGAGCUGGAGCACUUUGAGGAGCGGGACAAAAGGCAGCAGCGCUCGGGGGCUCGCAGAGCGGGGACCGGCUCGAGUUGCAGCAGCAGCUCCGGGCCCAAGGGGAACGGGCUCAUCCCAAGCCCCGCGCACAGCGCCCACUGCAGCUUCUACCGCACGCGGACGCUGCAGGCCCUCAGCUCGGAGAAGAAAGCAAAGAAAGCCCGCUUCUACCGCAAUGGGGACAGGUACUUCAAGGGCUUGGUGUUUGCCGUUUCCAGCGACCGCUUUCGCUCCUUCGAUGCUCUCCUGAUCGAACUCACCAGGUCGCUGUCGGACAAUGUGAACCUGCCCCAGGGGGUCCGCACCAUCUACACCAUUGAUGGCAGCAGGAAACUCACCAGCUUGGAGGAGCUAGUGGAAGGUGAAAGUUAUGUAUGUGCAUCCAAUGAACCAUAUCGCAAAGUUGAUUAUACCAAGAAUGUCAAUCCAAACUGGUCUGUGAAUAUUAAGACUGGGUCUGCUCGAUCCUUGACAUCUCUGACAUCGAUGAAAAGUGAAGUGAAGGAGAGUAAAGAUUUCAUUAAACCCAAACUGGUGACUGUUAUUCGGAGUGGAGUGAAGCCACGGAAAGCUGUGAGAAUUCUGCUGAAUAAAAAGACUGCUCAUUCCUUUGAACAGGUUUUGACUGACAUCACAGAAGCCAUUAAGUUAGAUUCAGGCAUUGUCAAGAGACUUGUAACACUAGAUGGGAAGCAGGUAAGAGAACAAAUCGUCUUGGAAUGUCGUGUUAUGAAGUCGUCAUAUUCCCGUUCACCUGGUACACCAAGACAAUCUGGAUCCAAAAGCCCAGGACCCUCACGUCGAAGCAAGUCACCUGCUUCAGUAAAGAGGGGUGGCCACUACUCCAGUGCUUAUUCUACAGCAAAAUCCCCAGUCAAUGGAACACCCAGCAGCCAGAUAUCCACUCCAAAAUCUACUAAGUCCUCCAGCUCUUCACCAACCAGCCCGGGGAGCUUUCGGGGACUCAAGAUUCCUCCACACUGUGGCUCUUCUUCCAAUGUGAAUGGUGUGCCUGAACUAUUCCAUUGCAUAAGUCCUGAAGGUGUGAAUGGAAACAAGUGCUCAGGGUCAUCCACUAUUCUUGAGAAAUACAGAGUGGGAAAGGUGAUUGGUGAUGGCAAUUUUGCUGUAGUAAAGGAGUGCGUAGAACGAGCCACUGGAAAGGAGUUUGCACUGAAGAUUAUAGACAAGGCAAAAUGCUGUGGAAAGGAGCAUCUGAUAGAGAAUGAGGUAUCCAUACUGCGCCAAGUGAAACACCCCAAUAUUAUCAUGCUGAUAGAGGAAAUGGACACUCCAACAGAACUCUAUCUGGUAAUGGAGUUAGUUAAGGGAGGAGACCUAUUUGAUGCUAUCACUUCUUCAACAAAGUAUACGGAGAGAGAUGGUAGCGCAAUGGUCUACAAUCUAGCCAGUGCACUGAAAUACCUCCAUGGUCUCAACAUUGUGCACAGAGACAUUAAGCCAGAGAAUCUCCUGGUAUGCGAGUAUUCAGAUGGAACAAAGUCCUUGAAGCUAGGGGACUUUGGACUGGCCACAGUGGUUGAAGGACCCUUGUAUACAGUCUGUGGCACCCCUACAUAUGUGGCUCCAGAAAUCAUUGCAGAGACAGGAUAUGGCUUAAAGGUGGAUAUUUGGGCUGCAGGUGUGAUCACAUACAUACUGCUUUGUGGAUUCCCACCUUUUCGCAGUGAGAACAAUCUUCAGGAAGAUCUCUUUGAUCAGAUCCUCAUUGGAAAACUAGAGUUUCCCUCUCCGUACUGGGAUAACAUCACUGACUCAGCUAAGGAGUUAAUUAGUCUGAUGCUACAGGUAAACGUAGAAGCUCGAUAUACAGCAGCACAGAUCCUAGGCCAUCCCUGGGUGUCCGAUGAUGCCUUGCAGGAGAAUAAUAUGCAAGCUGAAGUAACAGGUAAACUGAAGCAGCACUUUAACAACAUGCUACCCAAGCAGAACAAUACGACCGCUGGGGUCUCUGUCAUCAUGUGCCUGCAUUGCUUUCCUCUGAGUAGGUCCAAGGCAAUGAACACAGCUCUAGAUAAGGAAAGUCAGAUUUUCUGCAACAAGCACUCUCAGGACUCUAGUAGAGCUGGUAUGCAGAAAACUUCUGUGAUUAUUGCAGCUCAAGAUCCUUAUGUGGCUGGGUCCAAGAACCUCUCCCCUGCUUCUUCUGAGCCAAUCAAAUCCCCCACACAGCCUGACUCAGCAUGUUAUGACAAUGCUGGGGAACAGCUCGCUCUGUAGAAGUGACUUAAACCAAAGCCAACUUCUAGGCCAGUAGACCCCUUCAACUUAAUAAACAUCCAUCACAGUUGUGGUUUUUCAGUUUGCUCCCAAUCUCUUGUGGCAAGCCCUAGGC